AUGGCCCCUCAACGUCGUCGCACGGGCAAAGGCACGAAGGAUGCCCAUGCCAACCUCUCUGCGGAAGAACGUACCAAGCAAGGUACGGAAGCCAAGAACCGUGGUAACGAAGCGUACGCUGCUGGCGACCACGCGACGGCGAUCAAGGAGUUUACGAACGCCAUCGGUUUCGAGCCUACCAACCACAUCUACUACUCGAACAGAUCGGCGGCGUACUUGAGCGCGGGCAAUGCCGCUGCGGCUUUGCAAGACGCCAACAAGUGUAUCGAAAUCGAUGCCAAGUGGAGCAAGGGUUACGCCCGCCUCGGUGCCGCGUACUACUUCAUCAAGUCGUACCAAAAGGCCGUGGCUGCCUACACCAAGGGUUUGACCUUGGACAAGGGCAACAAGCAACUCCAAACCGGUUUGACCCAAGCGCAAGCCGCUUUGCAAGUGCUUGAAGAAGAAGCCAGCGAUCAACAAGGCCCGCGCCGAGCGUGA